UUAUUUGGUCAGCCAUUGCAGUAAAAAUUGUUUUUUAGACGAGGAUGAAAAUCGUGUAUUUUGUUCAUGUUUCUUCGUUUUCGUUGGAAAAUCAGACAUGCUUGCCAUCUUAAUUUUCGUCUUUACAACAGGGAUAGAUUCAGCCAUAUCUGAACUAAAAUGCACAGACUAUGCUGGAAAAGAAAUUCCAAAUGGUCAAGUUUAUCAACCCAAAAAUGAUCCCUGUUACCAGUGUACAUGUAGUAAUGGGUUCCCCACCAUGUGCAAGUCAGUGUCUUGCAUUCCUCCCACUGGCUGCCAUAACCCUGUCAUGAUAGAGGGAAAAUGCUGCGCAUUCCGUUGUGAUGAGGAUAACAGUGGGGGACAAGGAAACUUCCCUACUGUCAACUCCACUGACCCUACCAGAAAAAAUAAUGACAAUGGGAGCAGUGAUAAUAUGACCACCCUGGGUCUGAGACUGGUGGCAAGUACUAUCACCUCAUUUCUGGUACUUGCUCUUCUUCUCUUCAUGGGUCAUCGCCUCCGACAACGAAGACUUCUUCAAGCCAUGCGUCGAUACAGAGACAGUCGACGGCGUGAGAGGCUUGAUGAAGGAGAUGUUGACAGCUUUUCACCAGAAUUCUUUGGUUUUGAAUGCCCCUCUUAUGAUGACCCACCCCCUCCUUACACCCCUCCAAAACCCCCUGAUCAAGAGUUCCCAAGGGAAGCUCCCCCUCCUUAUGAAGCAAUAGAAAGUUCAAACAAUAAUAACAAUGCAUCAUCACCAUGCCCUAAUAACAACAACAACAUAGGGUGUCAGACUUCACCACAUACAGUGCAAGGUACUGAUACUUCACUAAGUGGCAGAGGAGCAGAACACAUAUCCACUCUUUCACAUUCUUGCAAUCAAAUUGUGCAAAGACAUCAUUCUCUACCAGGGUAUUCAGAGCAUGACCCAGAGUCUUCCCAUUCUAGGGGUUGUGAAAAUCAAAGUGACAGGCAUGGGAAUUUUAGAUUCUCUCUUCCUUGGCUACGACAGAACAGACAAACACAAAGGGGUACUCAGACACUUCCAACAUACAACAGACACACAGACCAAGUGAACUUUUCUCCUGAUUUGUUAGAACUGUGGGAGGAUACUUCCACUGCAACCACCACUUCAGAGAUCCAAGACCGGUCUAGAUUUCCAUCAUCUGGUGGCAGAUGCAUGCAACCAGCUCAUAUUUCAGAAUUAAGUGACACUGAUGAUCUGUCAACAGAGAGUGGUACUCAAACUGAUCAGUAUGUCCAAACUAGCCGCCACAGCUAUGGUUGUUUGCCAGCAGUUUCUACUUUCAAUUCUAACAGACCUCACCCACCUCCAAGGAGGGAAAGCAAUGCAGGUCAUGAUGUUUCCUCUUUGGAUGAAGUGAGCUUCCAUGGGAGUGAGACAAGGAGUGUUGGUGUCUCCCAUUCCUCUUACAAUAACUCAGCUGAAGCCAGCAAUGACCAGUGUGUUGGAGCUACUAACAUCUUAGAAAAUGAUUCUGUUUUGGAAGCAGAAGACAAUAGAAGGAAAUUAGAACAAAUUCAUGACUCUCAAAAUCUUAGAAUUUUGAGGUUGUCUAAACUUCUACAGCAGUCAUCAGAUUCUUCUGAAUCUGCUUGUGGCCAUUCAUGCUUGAAUAGUUAUCCAAAUAUUCAAAAAUCACAGUCUACCCAUUCUGGUUUGUCCAUCUGCUCAGAGACUGGUGAAAAGAAACUGUCUGUUGUAGAAGAGAGUGCCCUCAGUAAUGAUGUUCAGUAUCCAUGUUCUGGAAGAAUGCCAUCAACAUUGACCAAUGCAGACACUCCAUCAUGUUGUGGAAUCUCGGAUAACUGUGGCUCAAGUGAUUGUUCAUCCAUUAUGAUGCCCUGUGCUCACGGCAGAUGUUCAUGUGAAAGUAGUGCAAGGUUCACUCCUAUAUCUCAACCAAAUCGUUCAUUUUCACCACAAAGUGUAUCAUCGUUUGAAAGAAACAAUAAUUCCAUAUUAAAUUCUUCCACAUAUUCUAGUAACAAAGCCAGCAGAAGAGCAGAAACAGUGUCAAAGAAACAGAAAAGACAGUCAACGCAGUCCAAGUUUUACAAUGAUCAAAGCAAUGGAAAUUACAACAGAAACGGAAGAUCGUCUUCUGCUCCUCCUAGACAGUUAUCUUUCAUUGAUGAGCUAAAAUGUAGGAAUAAAAACAUUUCUGAUAGGUCUCUUGGGCCUUCAUCUACUGACUCUAAUGGUUGUUCCACAAGUGCUCCCACAUGCAAUGAUAGUUCUGAAAUCUGUGAUAGUCACUGGCAUUCAGCUUCCGUGAAGAGAAACAACAGCUCUGUCUCCCAUAAGUCAUCUUCCCAAAGUAGUAGCCAUAGCAGCCACUCGGGAGAUGGCCUCCUCAUCUGUCCACGCAAGAAAAAAUCUCGCUCAGCCAAACGAUGUCGAAGUAAAAAGACUUCUGAUAAGAGAAAACCCGUGCAGAACACUGAAACUGAAAACUCAGAAAACAAACAAUGUAGUUUGGUCUAAGGUCUGGCCAUUUUUAUGGACCAGUCAUAAUUUGUUGUGUGGUUGUUACUGUUAAAUAGUUGUAAAAGAUAAGUUUCUUGAACCAUGAAAACAAAAGUGCUGUGUUACAGUUUACCAAAGUAACCAUUUUGUUUGCAUUUUAUUUUAUCAUGUAUGUUUAACAUAGAUUAUAAAUUUUAUUCUUUUAUUAUUCUUCUUUUAUUAUUAUCAUUAUUUCUUUUUUGCAUAUGUUUGUAGACCUUUUUAUUUACAGUAAUCUAGAUGGAAUUUAUUCCCUUUUCAUGUUUCACAAAAUACAAAUCGUUAAAGACUUUCUGCACUGAAACCAAGUUUAU